CUGGUAAUGGCAAAACUCUAAACCCUUAACAACAAUGUCGAUUACUCUCUCAUUUCUCUCAUCUUCAAUUCCCACUCUCAAGAAAACCCAUAAAAUCUCCUCAAAUUUUCCUUCUAAUGCUUUCUCUCAUAAUCAGAUUCUUGAUUUUCCCUCAUCUGUUGCCAGAAUUAAGCCUUUCAAACUCGAACUGAAACACAAAUGUUCUGGGAUUUUCACUAGUAAUUGUGGAUUUCAAUUACGUAGGAAAAAUGGGUUUAUUGCGAAAGCUGAGAGUAGUGGAGUAGAUUAUGGAAACAGUGUUGAUAAAGCUGAAAUUGAUGUUCGUGGAGAGAGCACAAUGCCUGAUAGAUUCAGAUACUUGACUAAAGAAGCUCCUGAUAAGCCUGUUAGAUGGCCUUGGUUCAUAGCAUUGGCCUUUAUUCUAUAUGCCUGGAGGACUGUCUUGUGGGAACUGGAUAAUUGGAAAAAGGCUGUGGGUGCUGUCUUCCGAUUUCUCGGUUACAUCUCGAAACUUGCAUUGGCUGUUGUAUACUACUUCAUAGGGGAUCAGAUCACAGCUGUAAUUAGGUUUAUUGAAUCAUCAAUUUACUCCAUUCGAGCUUUCUACUCCAGUAUAGUUGCAUAUGCACCAGUACAAGAGUUAACAACAAUCAUCAUUUUGGCAUCUUGUGUUCUUGCUAUUGGUGAAGCGGCAGUUCCAGAUUCUGUGAACAGCCAACCAUACCUUCUUACAGCAGCUGGAAUAAUGGGAUUUGCUGCUGUGAGAGGUUAUAUUUCCGAGCUGUUCUUUUGGUUUAUUCUCUUAGGCUUGUUUUUCUUUGCUCGAUUUAUCAAAAAAAGAGAUUAUGUGUCUUCCGCAAUGCCUGCUGCUGCUGCAUUAGCUGCUAUGGGAGAGCCUUGGGUUAGACUGGUAGUAAUGGUUUCUUACGCUGCUUUGGCCAUUCUGCAACACUCUAAAACACCUUUGAAUAAAAGUGAAGGGGAAACUACCGGUGCAGUUAGGAAGGUCCCGGUUCCUCUGAUAUGUGCUGCAUUGGCCAUUGGUGUCCGACUUGCUGCAAAAUGGGCUGGUUAUCGACAUUUGACUUGGAUGAUCGUUUGAUAUUCAACAAGCUUGCCCCUUUUUCGAGCUGGUAGAGCAUUCUUAGUUGUUAGUUUCUACAGUGACAGCAUGUUCUCUCAUUUGGCAAAAUUGCUUGUUGUUUCUCUUUUUAUUGCCUGUCCAGUUCUUUUUGUACAACUUAGAGCUAUUUUUCUUUCAAAUUUUGCUCUGAAUGUUCUAAAGUUGUUGUCUUUAUUGCCUUCUACAUAUAUGAAAUUUCUCAAUUUUGAGU